UUUUGAGAGAGAUUUUGACUGCUUUAAAAGCCCUGUGAUGGAGCAAUUCAGGCAAAUAGGCGAGGUUCUAGGAAGCUUAAACGCGCUUAUGGUGUUACAAGACGACAUCUUGAUCAACCAAAGACAAUGCUGUUUGCUGUUAGAUGUCUUCAGUUUGGGUUUCAACACUGUAGCCGAAGAGAUCAGACACAACCUGAAGCUUGAAGAGAAACAUACCAAAUGGAGAGCCCUUGAACAGCCUCUAAGGGAGCUGUACAGAGUGUUUAAAGAAGGCGAGAUGUAUGUUCGAAACUGUAUGUCUAACAAAGAUUGGUGGGGCAAAGUAAUCAACUUUCACCAGAACAAAGAUUGUGUUGAGUUUCACAUACACAACCUCUUCUGUUACUUCCCUGCUGUGAUCGAAGCCAUCGAGACAGCUGGAGAGAUCUCUGGUCUUGACCCUUCUGAGAUGGAGAGAAGGAGAGUUGUGUUUUCGAGAAAGUAUGAUAGAGAGUGGAAUGAUCCUAAGCUGUUUCAAUGGAGGUUUGGGAAACAGUACCUUGUUCCGAAAGAUAUUUGCAGCCGGUUUGAGCAUUCAUGGAGAGAAGACAGAUGGAACCUUGUCGAGGCCUUGCAAGUGAAGAGAAAGUCGAAGAGCGAUGAGAUUGGGAAGACGGAGAAGCGUUUGGCUGACUUUCUGCUGAAGAAACUGACCGGACUGGAACAGUUUAACGGUAAGCUCUUCCCGAGUUCGAUACUUGUUGGCUCCAAAGAUUACCAAGUGAGGAGGAGAUUAGGUGGUGGUGGUCAGUACAAGGAGAUUCAAUGGCUAGGUGAUAGUUUCGUGCUGAGACAUUUCUUCGGUGAUCUUGAGCCUUUGAACGCAGAGAUAUCUUCUCUGUUAUCGCUCUGUCACUCGAAUAUACUUCAGUACCUUUGUGGAUUCUACGAUGAAGAGAGGAAAGAAUGUUCUCUGGUCAUGGAGCUAAUGCACAAGGACUUGAAAAGCUACAUGAAGGAGAACUGUGGACCAAGAAGGAGAUACCUCUUCUCUGUUCCCGUUGUGAUCGAUAUAAUGCUUCAAAUCGCGAGAGGGAUGGAGUAUCUUCACUCGAACGAAAUCUUCCAUGGAGACUUGAACCCCAUGAACAUUCUUUUGAAAGAGAGAGGCCACACGGAAGGUUACUUCCACGCCAAGAUCUCAGGUUUCGGUUUGAUCUCAGUCAAAACUCAGUCUUUCACUCGAGCUUCCUCUAGACCAACCACUCCUGAUCCUGUGAUAUGGUACGCACCUGAGGUUCUAACAGAGAUGGAUCAAGACCUCAAAGGCACAACUCCUCCGAGAUCGAAGUUUACGCAUAAAGCCGAUGUUUACAGCUUCGCUAUGGUGUGUUUCGAGCUUAUCACAGGUAAAGUUCCCUUUGAAGAAAGUCAUCUCCAAGGAGAUAAAAUGGCGAGGAACAUCAGAACGGGAGAGAGACCUCUCUUCCCUUUCCCUUCUCCUAAGUAUCUUGUUAGCCUAAUCAAACGGUGUUGGCACUCAGAACCGAGCCAGCGUCCGACUUUCUCUUCGAUUUGCCGGAUCCUCCGGUACAUCAAGAAGUUCCUCGUUGUGAAUCCUGAUCAGGGUCACAUUCAAAUCCAGACUCCGCUUGUUGAUUGUUGGGACUUGGAAGCAAGAUUCUUGAGGAAGUUCUCACUCGAGUCAGGAGGGUCUCACGAGGAAUCAGUAGCGCAGAUACCGUUCCAGCUUUACUCGUACAGGGUUGAAGAGAGAGAGAAGAUGAGACCAAACUUUAACAAAGAGGAGAACUCGGAGACUGGCGAGUCUGCUUCGGAGAGCGUUUCAGUGGUUGAAGAUCCACCGACGAUGCCAACGUACACAAAGUCGUUGUGCUUAGAUGCGAUAUCAGAGUACUCAGAUACAAGAUCGGUUUACUCUGAAGCUCCCAUGAAAAAGGUCUCAGCUUUAAAGAAAAGUGGAGACAUUGCGAAACUCAGGAGAAAUUCAAGCGCAGGUUUACGGUCUUCAGGAUCAUCGCCGGUAAAGCCAAGAUCAACACCGAAACUGUCGUCGCCGUUAAGUCCAUUUGGAAAAAGCAGCAAAGCAAGGAAGGAUACUAGAUUGCCUUUGAGUCCUAUGAGCCAUUUGAGCCAUGGAAGACGUAGACAUCUCUCUGAUUUUAGAUACGCCUCUUCUUCAUUUUAUAGCUUCUGCAAGUUUUACUCUGAGCUCGCUGAAACAAAGUCGUGCGUUUUAAGAUUGGAUCUUGCGAUUGCAUUUGGAAUGUCCUCGCAGACGCAACUACGUGUGAUUAUCAAUGAGUUCUCGAGGAAAUUUCAAACGAAGUUGAGUACCCAGAAGCUGCAGAGCUUUGUUACCAAGUCCCAACUCGCGCGUGAUCCCUUUUUCGCGACGCAGCUUGUCAGACUCUAUGCGUUAAACGAUGAUCUUAUCUCUGCACGCAAACUGUUCGACGUAUUUCCCGAGAGAAGCGUUUUCCUCUGGAACUCUGUUAUUCGAGCUCACGCUAAAGCUCAUCAGCUUGGCACCGCCUCGUCGCUUUUCUCUCAGAUGCUGAGUUCUGAUACGAAACCGGACAGCUUCACCUAUGCGUGCUUAGCUCGUGGCUUUUCAGAGAGUUUCGAUACCGAGAAACUGAGUUGUGUUCAUGGGAUUGCUGUUGUAUCAGGUCUUGGAUUUGAUCAAAUCUGCGGCAGUGCGAUUGUUAAAGCUUAUUCAAAAGCUGGGCUUAUUGUUGAAGCAAGUAAGUUGUUUGUUUCAAUACCAGAGCCUGACGUUGCUCUAUGGAAUGCUAUGAUUUCUGGAUAUGGAUGCUGUGGAAUUUGGGAGAAAGGAAUCGAUUUGUUUAACUCAAUGUUACACCGACGAAAUCGACCUGACUGUUAUACAAUGGUAGCCCUAACGACUGGAGUAACUGAUCCUAGUUUAUCUCUCAUUGCUUGUUCUGUUCAUGGCUUUUGUUUGAAAGUAAAUUUAGAUUCUCAUACUUAUGUUGGUUCUGCUCUAGUGAGCAUGUACUCGAGAUGCAGGUGCAUAGCCUCUGCUUGUAGAGUGUUUGGUAGCAUCUCUGAGCCUGAUGUAGUUGCAUGUUCUUCUUUGAUAACGGGUUAUUCGAAAUGUGGAAAUCACAAGGAGGCUUUGUGUCUGUUUAGUGAGCUGAGAGGGAGUGGUAAGAAGCCAGAUUGUGUUCUCGUUGCGGUUGUGUUAGGGUCUUGUGCUGAGUUAUCGGAUUCGCUCUACGGAAACAGAGUGCACGGUUAUGCUAUUCGACUAGGACUAGAGCUUGAUAUAAAGGUCUGCUCUGCUCUUAUAGACAUGUACUCAAAAUGUGGGUUUCUUGAUUCCGCCAUGGCUCUUUUCGCGGGAAUUACAGAGAAAAACAUUGUUUCUUUCAACUCUAAAAAUAAAAUAGCUUGGCAG